GGAGCACGCACUGGACCAAGCCCCAAGUCAGGUCAGAGUGUAUAUGUGUUGCCUCUUCAGCACCGUGCACUCCGCAUGCGCAGCCUGCCUCUUCCCUUCAGUCGACUCAUCAUUCUUCCUGACCCCCAAUCUGUCAUUCAACACGUCCAAGGCUUCAGAUCGAGCCGAGCGCUGCAGCCUCCAUCGAUUGUGCGCCGAACCGAGGGAAGUAAGGCGCUGUUCUUCGGCUUCCUUGUCGCUCCCAGCAGAACUCAAAGCCGCGUCCAAAAUCAUUUCACGUCAGCCCCUCUCAGUGGCUCUGUUCGGCAAACAUGCCGUCCACAAGCGCGAGAAAGCGCAACAGAGCGGCGCUGACAGGCGAGGGCGGGUGGCGGCAGACAAACAAAGAUUGCAGCAACAGCAGCAGCGAAGGGAACGUGCGGCUGCGCACGCUCUUGCUCGUUCUUCUCGCCACAACAUGCAGCCUACUUGCACUGCAAGCCUACCGCUUCUACGCACGUGGAACGAUGCCCUUCCAAAUUGCUACGGCGUUGGACGGAGGCCGUGGGGGGCUGUCCAAGCUUACAGAUUCGCUCACCGCGCUUCUGCAAAGCGACCGAGUGGAAGGUGAUGCACUGCAGUACGACUCGUCGCAGUGGAAGGCGCGCGUCGCCAAGAAGGCAGCCACUGGGCACUCCGUCCCGCUCUCCAAGGACCAAAGCGCGGCGGAGAGGCUGAAGCGCGCUCGGGAGAAGCUGGUGGACCUUCGUACGGAACUGCGCGACGUCAUCGGAGGGAAUGAAGCGGAAGGCGGAAGCGGAGGCGACGGCCUACCCGUCGAGGAUCUCAGCUCAGAGGACCUGCAGGCAAUGUUCGACUUGCUGCAAGGGCGUGGAGCGUACUACAAUAUGCGAGACGGCAAGGAUGAAAGCCACACGGACGAUCCCAGCGCUGCUACUGCGGACGCACAUGCGACGCGAGAAAAACGCUUCGGGCGACUGAGACAGGCCAUGGGUGCCGCAACUGGUGGCGCUGACGACCUCUAAUCGGGCCAUGAAAUACGUCAAUACCGGCGCACACCUCACCGCUCCCCGCCGUCCAAGACCCAGGACGAUGUAAUGUAGCUAUACGAUGACCGACCCUUUGCAAAUGCAAUUUUAAGUACCUAUAUAAUGUAUCAUAGUUUUCCCAAUCUAGUUGCGCCA